AUGGUGUUUUUCGGAUUUUUUUCCCAGUUCCCGCCAUUUUUCUUUGAAUAUGGACCAUCUCAUUGUCUUUCCUGUAGCCACGAUAGUGUUGUGACAGACAAUUCUAACUGGUCUGCUUAUGUCUCUCAAAUUUUUCUUUCCUGUAUAGAAACUCAAGCCAUCUCUCCUUUUAACUUUCUCUCUCCAUUAAUUUUCUUCUUGUUUCCUUUACAUUUAUUCUGUAUCCGCCAUAUUUAUUCUUACUUAUUUCUAUAUAACUUCUUUUCAUGCUCUUUUACUUUUCUUUCUUUCAAGUUUUAUUUUUCAGUUCUUUUACAUUUAUUUAUUUAUUUUCUUUUUCAUCGUUUUCUUUCUUUCUUUCUUUCUUUCUUUCUUUCUUUCUUUCUUAUGCAAACUUCUUUAUAUGCUUUCUUUCUUCUGCAUGUUUCCCGGCUUUCUUUCUACUUUUUCUUUUUACUUGACUCCCCACUCUCUCCCUCUUUCUACUUAAUUUUUCUUUCUCUUUUUCUUUCUUUUACAAAUUUCCUACUUUGA